AUCGUCGAAUAGUGCCGCGCCUGUGCGCCCACGUUGAACGCUUACGUUUCUCUCCUGCAACGACAGAGGUGAAAAGACGGAAAACGAGCCUCCCGAGGGGUGAAAUUUUAGAAAUGUUGUCGCCAUGUGACCCGGCCACGAAAGUGAAUUAUUAAUACGAAAAGUUUACGGAUUUUAUCAUCAAGUGCAAAGCCGGAUUGAGUCUGAAUAAACCCUCUACGGUUCCAGUAAAGUAAUGACUCACGAUGACACAUAGAAAAAUGACGGUGCGUUUUCCGGAAGUAAUAAGAAGCGGAUCGGAAGUGGAAGGCGGUUUGUCAGGACCAGCCAAUCCAAUACCUAGUCAAUCAAUCGAUUGCGGCUGCGGACAGUUGCAAUGCACGAAGCUGGCGAAAUUUGCUACGCGAAAACUCUUCGUAGGAUUGAUUUGUUGGAUCGGUGUAGUGCAAGCUGCUUCGUACGCUUACUUUCAUAUCACAGGAUCCACGAUAGCCAGAAGAUUUCAAAUCGAUCCUUAUGUAAUGGAUUGGAUUCUUGUUGUGGCAGAAUUAACGCCUGUUCCAUUAGGAUUGGUGGUAGCAUAUUGGGGCGACAAAAUACACAGAGCUUCGUGGAUAGGAGCCUUAACUCUUUUACAAAGCGUCUCGCACUUCAUUUUGAUAAUACCCCAUUUAACACAUCGCGUCCGCGUGAUUGAAGAAACGCAAAAUGUCACGCAUGUAUCUUUGUACGCGGACGAUAGUCCAGAAUUAUGCGCUUCCGGAUCAUUAUCGUGGCUCAUCACAGAGGAGGACGAAACCUGCUACUUUACUAUAGUCAUCUUAAUCCUAGUGCUAAUCACAAGUGGGACGGCAAAUAUCGCAUACUAUGCACUAGGAAUUUCUUACUUAGAUGAUAAUACAAGUACGAAGGGUGUAACUAAUUACAUCGGUGUAAUAAUCGCCGUAAAGAUCAUCGGGAUUCUUCUCGGGUACAUUUUGGGUUGGGGAUGCCUUCGGAUAGACGCGGAAGAUUUCAGUGUUAUAAAAUCAUAUCAGGAUCAAAUCGGGGCCUGGUGGCUUGGAUUUCCAAUUCUCGCUAUAUUAUUGGUGAUUCCGGGCUUGCUGGUUUCGUGGUUCCCAAGAAGAUUACCCUCAAUAGUUGUUGAGCAAGCCGCAGCUUCACUUCUCAAUCGGACUACGGUAUAUAACCGAGCACCCCACAGAACAACCAGUCAAAAAGUCGGCAGUCCCAAUUUUUGGCCGUCAUUAUGCAGAUUGACUACUAACAAGAUUUUAAUAUGCAACAUUCUGGCAACGGUGUUCAGCACCAUAGCGCUUCUAAAUUUUAUGACGCAUGAGGACAUCUUCUUAGAGUCCAGAUUUCAGAUACCUAGACCGACGGGAAUGUUCCGUGGAUUCGACGAUCCUCUGUCUUCCAGACUAAUUACCAAUAUCAUAAGACCCAUUCUGAUUGGACUCACAAUAAUCAUCAGUGGCCUAGUAAUAGCUAAGGGAAGGCCACGAGCGAGAUUUAUUAUUGCUUACAGUUCCGUUAUCGUGCUAGUGACAGUGGCGAUUAUUAUCGCACUAAUUUUUGAUACUUGCGAUAAACCACCUAUCGCCGAUUUAGAGAAAGGCUCGGACUCAUUGUUGAGAUAUUGCAACAGAUACUGUCGUUGCUCUAAGGACGCCGAUUUCCGACCGAUUUGCGACAGCUUGGGAAGAUUCACGUACUACAGUCCUUGCUAUGCCGGCUGCUCCACAAUUACUUAUGUCGAUAACGUAAAGACCUAUAGCGGUUGCACCUGCGUGAAGGAGAUGACAAUGUGGACUACCGAUCAAGCGAAAGAUGGCCCGUGUGAUUCGACUAGAUGCCAGGCUGGCUGGAUGCUCUUUGAGUUUGGAUCUUUAUUAGCGUACGUGUUAAUCGCUUCCACUUUCGUAGGAGACUUAUUGAUCAACAUAAGAUCCGUCUACAAGCAAGAUAAAUCUAUCAGCAUAGGUUUCUGGAUGAUGUGGCUCUCAAUAUUCGUUUAUGUUCCCGCCAAAAUUCUUUAUGAUUUCGUCUCGCGUCAGGCGUGUCAAUAUUGGGGCAGUCAAAAGAUAAUUUGUCACUUAUAUGAUUCUGAGAAGCUCGGGAAUUAUCUGUGUUACCUAACAAUACUAUUCUUAUCACUUUGUCUUUUGUUCAAAAUUAUUGUUUGGUUUUUCUGCAAGAAAUUACAUUUGUACGAAGAAAUUGACGUUCAAGACCAAGAACGUGAGCUACAAGAUUUUGAACCAGCAACAAUAACCGAAUUACUCGAAACCUCAAAUAAUGAAAUGAGACAAGUGCAGGCGAAUGUUGAACCAGAAUCAAGAAUAGUAGUAUCGGAGGCAGCAGAACCGGAGGAAAAUUCACCGAAGGAAGAAGAAGAUACUCAAAAGAGCAGACCUAUAAAGUUGAACGGCAUGAUGGUCCCAUACAAUCAUCGAUCGACUUCAAAUCCCGCAACAAAUCACAAUUCGCAAUCUAUGAUCCGAAAUCUCGACUCUGAGGACGAGCUCGACAGUUCAAGCGACGAGAGUAAGAAACGGUCGACUACGCAAGUCGCUUACGCGCCACUGGAACUCGACUCUGACGUCGAGAGCGAUCUCAGCAGCGUCGGUCCUAGAUCGAGAAAGCGCGUCCCGAGCAAGGAUUACGAUCAAACUCAUGACGAGAACGAUCGUCCCUCAUCGAGGAACACGUCUCUAAAACGCCGAUUUCCAAAUCCCGAUCACUAUGAGGAUCCGCGAAAUUCCAGAUUCAAGAAGCCGACAGGUUAUCAGGACGAUUCCACGAAAACAAGUACUUCCGAGUUGGCGAAGAAGGGUCAAGUGAGCGACGUGCCCAAACAGGGCGACUUCAACGAGGUUGGCAUACCGAUAGUGGAUCCGUUUUCGGACGAGAAAGGCAACUCGGCCGGCAGUACCAACACGGCGCACUUGAAGGACGUGAAGACGCUGAUCGAUCGAUACGAGCAAAACGCGAGUCAGGAAACUCUAGACGAAGAUCGGUUGUCGAUGAAGUCGACGGAGGACACGAGGAGUCGACCUGAGAGCAAGUUGGGCAUACCUCUGGUAGCCAUGGUUCCCGGUAGGUCAUCCUCUCGAGGACAAUCCUCUUCAGGCUUCGGCAGCUUGCCAGAUGUGCAGGACAAGAGCUCCGACCCGCGUUCGGAGAGACUCGGGACAUCCAGUCCGAAAAAUGUCGCUAAAGCCAGCAAAGCGGCGCAUCAAACCGAUCUUUAGAAUUACGAAUAUCGCUCUUACGUGACAGACGCAUGACACGUGAAAACACGAUGCGUAGUUUUGCAAUUUAUGGGAGGUGUCCAUUAAUAGAAUAGACACACUAUCACGAUAAAUUUAUAUCUACGUGCGAUAAGAGGCCCUAACUUCAAAAGUACACAACGUUACACGAUACUAUCUCUGACACCUGUCGUGUUCAAGAUAUAAAACCACCGAUUUAACUUUAUGUUUUGAUAGGUGAGCAGUAAAAGUUUAUGUACACUUUCCUUUAAUUAUGAAUCGUAAUAUCAAGUUGCUCUAAUUAUCAUGCAGAAUUGAUAAGUUGCGAUUGAUAAAGAUAUACCUUUUAUCCAUGAGUACUCCGAACACAUCUAAUAAAGGAUAACCGACUAAUAAAA